AUGAGACUGGUCUGGGGUAUCGGGCGAGUCUGGGCUCGAUUAGGAUGUUUCGCACCAUCGAGAAUCGCAGCGCGUAGCCCGUUCGCGCCUACUCGUACGAGUACGAUAUCCGUUCCCUCGACACAUCGACGCACCCUUGCGUCGAAAGCUACUCCGACCGAACUCGAGGCACGGAUAGCAGCGAUUCCUAUCGAACGAUACCGCAACUUCUGCAUUGUUGCGCACAUUGACCAUGGCAAGAGCACGCUGAGUGACCGACUCCUGGAGCUCACUGGGACAAUCACGCCAAACGACACGAACAAGCAAAUUCUCGACAAACUAGACGUUGAACGCGAACGUGGCAUUACGGUCAAGGCCCAGACAUGCACCAUGCUGUACAACUAUCGCGGGCAAGACUACCUCAUACACCUUGUCGACACUCCCGGCCAUGUCGAUUUCCGCGCCGAGGUGACGAGGUCAUAUGCCAGCUGUGGUGGUGCUCUUCUUCUCGUAGAUGCGACGCAGGGUAUUCAGGCUCAGACAGUCUCCAACUUCCAUCUGGCAUUUGCGCAGGACCUCGCCCUGAUACCCGCCAUCAAUAAGAUCGACAUGGCGGCAGCUGAUACCCCUCGAGUUCUGGAACAGAUAGAGGCUAGUUUUGAGCUCGACCCUAAAGACGCCAUCCUCGUUAGUGCCAAGACGGGCAAAGGCGUCGAGAACAUCCUGCCUGCUGUAGUUGAACGGAUCCCGCCUCCUUCGGGUUGUGAGGAUAAGCCUCUGAAGAUGCUUCUCGUGGACUCGUGGUACGACAACUUUCGCGGUGUCAUUCUUCUUGUCAGAGUCUUUGACGGAGUCGUCAAGGCAGGCGACAGUGUAAUAUCUAUGGGUACAGGCAUGAAAUACACUGUUGGCCAAGUUGGGGUCCAAUACCCUGAUGCCACUCCGCAGAGUGUUCUGCGUGCGGGACAGGUUGGCUAUAUAUUUUUCAACCCGGGAAUGAAGAAGAUCCAGGAUGCCAAGCUGGGAGAUACCUUCACUACUGUGCAGGACGUGGCCUCGGUCGAACCCUACCCCGGCUUCGAGGAACUGAAGUCAAUGGUCUUUGUCGCCGCUUUCCCGACAGACCAAGGGGACUAUACCAAGGUCUCCGAAAGCAUCAGUCAGCUUGUUCUAAACGACCGCAGUGUCACGCUGCAAAAGGCCUUCUCCGAGGCACUGGGCUCUGGCUGGAGACUAGGGUUCCUGGGCAGCCUACAUUGCUCCGUAUUCCAAGACCGUCUCAAGCAAGAGCACGGUGGCAAUGUCAUCAUCACUGAACCUACCGUCCCGACCAAGCUUCUUCAUGCAGACGGCUCCGAGGAGAUAAUAGAGAACCCGGCCCUGUUUCCCGAAGCAGGCGAACACCGCUUGCGAGCCGCCCAGCUUCUCGAGCCAUUUGUGAACGCUACCAUUACAAUGCCUGAGGAGUACCUUGGCCGAGUCAUUGAACUCUGUGAGGCCAACCGAGGAGUACAGAAGAGCAUCAAUUUUUUCCACGCGACGCAAGUCAUCCUGGUGUAUGAAUUGCCAACUGCCCAGUUGGUUGACGACUUCUUUGGAAAGCUCAAGGGUGCUACGAGAGGGUACGCGACUCUCGACUAUGAAGAAGCAGGAUGGCGCGAGAGCAAGCUCGUCAAGCUCCAGCUCUUGGUAAACAAGCAACCCGUCGAUGCCAUCUGCCGCGUGGUACACAUUUCGCAGGUGGACCGUCUUGCCAGACGAUGGGUGACGAAGUUCAAAGAACACGUCGAACGGCAAAUGUUUGAAAUCGUCAUUCAGGCUUCGGUCGGUAAUCGGAUUCUUGCGCGAGAGACGAUCAAACCAUUCCGUAAGGAUGUGCUAGCUAAGCUGCAUGCGUCUGACAUAACGAGACGUCGGAAGCUCUUGGAGAAGCAAAAGGUGGGACGGAAGAGGCUGAGAGCUAUCGGAAACGUUAUUAUUGAACAGGAGGCCUUCCAGAAGUUCUUGUCU